AUGCCUGAUAAACUGAUGCUGCACCGGGAGGAGGAAUCAGAUGUUGAAAUGAUGACUGUCUUGCGUUACUGUUGGUUUCGAUACAUCUGGGGACAUUGCUUGCCACCCGUGCACAAGUAUUUACCACCCGAGACUGACCGGGCCGCCGACGCGAGGCUGCAGCCGGAGGGCCGGGGAGGGACCGCGCUCGCUCACUCCAGAGGCGGCCAGGCGGAGGCGAGGGAGCAGGUUCGAGGGACAAAGAGCCGUGCAAACGCCCCCGGCCUCCAGCGAGCGCCCGCGGCCGAGGACGAGGUGGCCGGGCGCCCGGAGGGAGCCCGUGGAUGUUCAGCCCGCGGCCGGGGAGCCGCCGCCGCCGCCGCCGCCGCGAGGGAAGGAAUGCACCGGCCGCGCCGCCGCGGGACGCGCCCGCCGCUCCUGGCGCUGCUGGCCGCGCUGCUGCUGGCGGCGCGCGGGGUUGCUACCCAAGAAACAGAGCUGUCCGUCACUGCUGAGUUAGUGCCUACCUCAUCAUGGAACAUUUCAAGUGAACUCGACAAAGAUUCUUACCUUACGCUGGAUGAACCAAUGAAUAACAUCACCACAUCCCUAGGGCAGACCGCAGAGCUGCACUGCAAAGUCUCUGGGAACCCACCUCCCACCAUCCGCUGGUUCAAAAACGAUGCACCAGUAGUCCAGGAGCCCCGGAGACUGUCCUUUCGAGCAACCAACUAUGGCUCUCGGCUGCGGAUUAGAAACCUCGACACCACGGACACGGGCUACUUCCAGUGUGUGGCAACAAAUGGCAAGAAGGUGGUUUCUACCACUGGUGUCUUGUUUGUCAAGUUUGGCCCCCCUCCCACUGCAAGUCCAGGAUCCUCAGACGAGUACGAAGAAGAUGGGUUCUGCCAGCCAUACAGAGGCAUAGCGUGUGCAAGAUUUAUUGGCAACCGCACCGUCUACAUGGAGUCUUUGCACAUGCAAGGAGAAAUAGAAAAUCAGAUCACGGCUGCCUUCACCAUGAUCGGCACCUCCAGUCACUUGUCGGAUAAGUGCUCUCAGUUCGCCAUUCCCUCCCUGUGCCACUACGCCUUCCCCUACUGUGACGAGACCUCCGCUGUCCCAAAGCCGCGUGACCUGUGUCGCGAUGAGUGUGAAAUCCUGGAGAACGUCCUGUGUCAGACGGAGUACAUCUUUGCAAGGUCCAAUCCCAUGAUUCUCAUGAGGCUCAAGCUGCCCAACUGUGAAGAUCUCCCCCAGCCCGAAAGCCCGGAAGCUGCCAGCUGCAUCCGGAUUGGAAUCCCUAUGGCAGAUCCUAUAAAUAAAAAUCACAAGUGCUAUAACAGCACAGGUGUGGACUACCGGGGGACCGUCAGUGUGACGAAAUCAGGGCGCCAGUGCCAGCCCUGGAAUUCCCAGUACCCCCACACGCACACCUUCACUGCUCUCCGCUUCCCAGAGCUGAAUGGAGGCCAUUCCUACUGCCGCAACCCAGGGAACCAGAAAGAAGCUCCCUGGUGCUUCACCUUGGAUGAAAACUUCAAGUCUGACCUGUGUGACAUCCCAGCAUGUGAUUCAAAGGACUCCAAAGAGAAGAAUAAAAUGGAAAUCCUGUACAUACUGGUGCCAAGUGUUACCAUCCCCCUGGCCAUUGCUUUACUCUUCUUUUUCAUUUGUGUCUGCCGCAAUAACCAGAAGUCAUCGUCACCACCAGUCCAAAGGCAACCGAAACACGUCAGAGGUCAAAAUGUGGAGAUGUCAAUGCUGAAUGCUUAUAAACCCAAGAGCAAGGCUAAAGAGCUGCCUCUCUCUGCUGUACGCUUUAUGGAAGAACUGGGGGAGUGUGCCUUUGGGAAAAUCUAUAAGGGACAUCUCUAUCUCCCAGGCAUGGACCAUGCUCAGCUGGUUGCUAUCAAGACCUUGAAAGACUUUAACAACCCCCAGCAAUGGGCAGAAUUUCAACAAGAAGCCUCCCUGAUGGCCGAACUGCACCACCCCAAUAUCGUCUGCCUUCUGGGGGCUGUCACGCAGGACCAACCCGUGUGCAUGCUUUUCGAGUACAUGAAUCAGGGGGAUCUCCACGAGUUCCUCAUCAUGCGCUCCCCACAUUCCGAUGUUGGUUGUAGCAGUGACGAAGACGGGACGGUGAAAUCCAGCCUGGAUCAUGGCGAUUUUCUGCACAUUGCCAUUCAGAUCGCAGCCGGCAUGGAAUACCUGUCCAGUCAUUUCUUCGUGCACAAGGACCUGGCAGCUCGCAACAUCUUAAUCGGAGAGCAGCUUCAUGUCAAGAUUUCAGACCUGGGACUUUCCAGAGAAAUCUACUCUGCUGAUUACUACAGGGUGCAGAGUAAAUCUUUGCUCCCCAUUCGCUGGAUGCCCCCAGAAGCCAUCAUGUAUGGCAAAUUCUCUUCCGAUUCCGACAUCUGGUCCUUUGGGGUGGUCUUGUGGGAGAUUUUCAGUUUUGGACUCCAGCCGUAUUAUGGGUUCAGUAACCAGGAAGUGAUUGAGAUGGUGAGAAAAAGGCAGCUCUUACCGUGCUCCGAGGACUGCCCGCCCAGGAUGUACAGCCUCAUGACGGAGUGCUGGAAUGAGAUUCCUUCCAGGAGACCGAGAUUUAAAGAUAUUCACGUCCGCCUCCGCUCCUGGGAGGGGCUCUCGAGUCACACCAGUUCGACAACUCCCUCGGGGGGGAAUGCCACCACACAGACCACCUCCCUCAGCGCCAGCCCAGUGAGUAACCUCAGUAACCCCAGGUACCCCAACUACAUGUUCCCAAGCCAGGGGAUUGCUCCACAGGGCCAGAUUGCAGGUUUCAUUGGCCCACCGAUACCUCAGAACCAGCGCUUCAUCCCCAUCAAUGGAUACCCGAUACCUCCGGGAUAUGCAGCGUUUCCAGCUGCCCACUACCAGCCCCCGGGUCCUCCCAGAGUGAUUCAGCACUGCCCGCCUCCCAAGAGCCGGUCUCCGAGCAGCGCCAGUGGGUCCACGAGUACUGGUCAUGUGACCAGCCUGCCCUCGUCAGGAUCCAAUCAGGAAGCAAAUAUCCCUUUACUACCACACAUGUCAAUGCCAAAUCAUCCCGGUGGGAUGGGGAUCACCGUUUUUGGCAACAAGUCUCAGAAACCCUACAAAAUAGACUCCAAGCAACCAUCUUUGCUAGGAGACUCCAAUAUUCAUGGACACACCGAAUCUAUGAUUUCUGCAGAACUGUAAAUUGCACGACUUUUGUAAAUGUGGUAUGCAGGACAAACUAGGAGGCCAUAGAGAAGAUUUAUAUUCAAAUGGUUUUAUGACAGUAAGAUUCUCAUUUAGCAGACAUUGCAACAAGUAUCUUCUGUGAAGUUUAACUGUGUCAUACAAAGCACGACAGCCCCUAGCCAGAAACCACCACCAACAACCACAUCGAGGGAUGUAUACUCCAUUGGGGUACCUGAUAAGGCACUGGGAUUGGAACUCACAGUUUCCGGUACUGAAAACUGCAAGCCAGUGGAGAGGAAAAGAACCUUGUGAUUCAAUCUCCAACCAAAAAGGAAAGUCAAAUGGUGCUUGCUGUAUUUGCCUUCACUGGCCACGACUGGUCUCUACCAAAUGUAUAUACAGUAGCAUUUGUCUACCUGCUGUCUUUUCUUCAGGACAGAUGUUCAGGAAUUGUAUUGUUUCAAUGUAGACUCUAUGCAUGUUUGUAAUGGAAGCAACGUUCAGAAUCAAUGAGGCAACUUUAGGCCAAAUGGAAAUGAGCCAUAAGACAAGUCUAGCGCCCCCUGGAGCCUUACCUAGGGGAGCUUUUUCAGGAAGGUGCAGGGUGUGCCUCUUGGUGAACUUCCUCCUCUGAUCAUGACAGCCCGGUCCACAUUUUCCCUGUUCACAAAGUGUUUACACAAGUCUUUGAAGUAACACAGGGCAUUAGACCCUGAAAAGGCUAGAUGUGCAUGCUGGAGUUGAUUGGUGAUUGCCAGUUCAUUUCGCUGCAUUAGGGAUGAGGCACCCACCGAAGCACAGGAAGUCAGGAAAAUAGCACCUAACCCUCCAGGAGCACUCAUGGGAGCAGUACAAAGUUUCCCCAUAGGGACGGUCUCCACAGGAGCUCCCCUGGACCAGUAACAUUGAAAACCAGAGGUGUGGCUGCACACAAGCACACCCACACCCUGGCAACCCCUGGGUUUACAAGUUGUCCAAGGUGUUGAUGCUUGAUGCUUAUUAUCAUCAGGGGACACAAGCAAAUAGAAAUCUCUAUGAUGAUACCAAUAGCUACUAAAUUCCAAGUCUCUCUCACUUGUUUUUUUCCGUCUUGGAAAUAAUUCAGAUUUUAUUCCAGCCCCAAAAACGUAACAAUUUAUUCAUAAGGUUAGUUGACAUCCAAAGAUAAUGAAUUCUACUUUGCAAAACUUUACAGUAUUUCUUUAAAAAAAUGUACUGAGUUCUCAUUUCAAAGGUUACCAAGAACUGAAUUCCUUCAACUGGUAAAAUAGAAGCAACAUGAUCAUUUUUGCCUGCGUUAGAAGGAGGUAUCAAAUGUGCAUCUCCUGGCAUUUACCUGCCAACUAUCUUUUGCCAAGUUUAGAAUUCUUGUGGGUUUCAAGUUCUAUUUAGAAAUGAAUUUUAUAUUUGAUUUGUCUCUGGUUGAAAAAAUAACUCCUUUAUUCUAAGAACAAUGUCUCAAAUCCUUGUUUUUAUUUUAAAGCUAUAAGAGUCUCACAAAGAGACUUUCAGGAUGUAAAGUAAUUCUUGAAAAUGAUAUUUGAUGAGGAGAAUGUAAGAGAAUUAGAAACACGUUGAUGUUUCUAUUUUUAAAAAAUAAAAUUAGCAUGAGAAAUCAAGGAAAUAUGUUUACCAAAAUGUGUUGUAGAAAUCUGAAUCUUCAGACAACAAACAUGAACUUAUAGGUACUGUGAACUCAAGGAAUUGGGUGCAUCCAGACUUACUGGGAGAUAAAUUAAGACAUACUUUUGUGGCCUAAAUAAGCUGACUCAGAAGUGACAUUUCUUAACUUUAGGUAGAGGAGAAUAUUUGUAUCCUUUUGUUGCUAUGCAACUGUUUAAUGUUGAAGCUUCAAACCACAAUUUUGUAUAUCAUAUGACAAUCAAUUGUUUUCCAAGAAUAUUUAUUAUUUUAAAUAAACACAAUUUCAGUGAAUCUGAGUUUUUCCAGGAGUCCCUUAAAGGGAAAUUAGCAUUCCAUGAGCCAGUAAAAUACUCACGCUGGAAAAACAUUAUUACGGUUAAGAAAUAAAUCCAAGUUAGUUUUUUAUAAAGAACUAUAUAGCAUUUAUUUUAAACAUUUUAUAAUAAUGGAAAUCAUUAGAGUGAGGAAACUAAAUUUCGAAACCACUUGUAAUAAUGUGUUUUAUAAUAGCACUGUGAUACUACACGACACAGUUCCUUUUGUAUUAAAAUAGUAUUUUUUCACAACCUGAAAAAUAUCUUUUGCU